AUGAAAAACACUUACCAAUGUGGUUCAAUCCCACUGACAUCUUUUGUGUGCCAAGCAAUUCCUGGGACUCGGUCUCUCAUAGUUUUGCUAAUUGCGGUCAUGAUGAUGGAUGUUGUGUUUUUAGGAUAUACAGGGAAUGUUUUUCCGAGAUUUUAUAUUACACCUGGUUCUUUGUUUGUAGCUAUGAUUGUGAUGCUCCAGUGA